AGGGCCGCUCAUCUCAUUUAUCUGUACAGAAACCUGGUGGCAGCUGAUUUCUUAAUCCAUUUCACACACACACACACAGUAUGAGUAAGCUCCCUAAAAUUUCAAUCACAAGAAUCACUGCUCGGUUUUCCAAACUCAUAAUCUCUUCUCAUCUUCAACAAAGGGCUAUUAUAAAUGAGUUUCAUAGUUUAGAUGAAUUUGGUCCGGUUUUGUCAUCCACAGGUAGAUCCACUUUGUUCGCUCGUACUUAUUUACCAUAUGGAAGCCACGGGAGGGGCAUGCCCAAUGGACCUCUUCCAGGAGCACCAUUUAUACCAUGUCCAGGCGGAGUUUUGUUGAGUCAGAGAAGUAUUUUAGUGUCAUGUAGUGAUCUUUUUCCGAGGCUGCAUGUUAGACAUGGUAGCAACUCCUCAGUUGAGUUGAAGACGGAUAAUGAUGUUGUUAAAUUUAGUUUUGGUACACAGCCUGCUAAUGGUAGAAUUCGCAGAAAAGAGAAAAAGACACCACGACAAAUUAAAAUGUCCAAAAGGGCUAAACUUAAUGAGCUUAGGUUUUACCGUUUGAAGGCAAAGAAAAAGAUGAAUUCUCCGAAUCCAGAAGUUAGGAUUCGCUACAAACUUGACAAGGCCAAAAGGAAGGAGGAGUGGUUGAUUGAGAAGUUGAGAAAAUUUGAUGUGCCCAAACUGCCAGAUGAACCACAUGAUCCAGAAAUUCUUACAGAGGAAGAGAGAUUUUACUUGAAGCGUACUGGUGAGAAAAAGAAAAAUUAUGUUCCAGUUGGGAGAAGGGGAGUAUUUGGAGGUGUUGUUCUUAAUAUGCAUCUGCACUGGAAAAAUAAUGAGACAGUGAAGGUAGUUUGCAAGCCAUGUAAGCCAGGGCAGAUUCACACAUACGCUGAAGAGCUUGCUCGACUUAGCAAAGGCAUUGUAAUUGACAUAAAACCCAACAAUACUAUAAUUUUCUUUCGCGGGAAGAACUACGUUCAGCCAAAAGUGAUGUCACCUCCAGAUACCUUAUCAAAAGCCAAGGCCUUGGAAAAGUAUAAAUUUGAGCAGUCCCUUGAGCAUACAAGUCAAUUCAUCGAAAAACUGGAGCAUGAGUUGGAAGAGUAUCAUCAGCACUUGGCUCGAUAUAAGAAAGGGAAGAAAGAGGCUCUGCAAGAUAAUCCUUCAGUGCUCAACACCUAAUGGUACCUUAUUUUUAAACUUUAGAAAGAGAAUUCGUCUUUAUAUAGAUGAUGUGUUGUUGUAAUUAUGUUGUUAGAAUCAGGAGCUUCCCCGCUACUAAUGAUAGAUAUAAGGGUACUGGUAGCAGUUUCUCGCUGUCAAAUGUUUUCUUAAUAUUCCCCUCAUUUUGUGGAGUUGUAGAGGAAAAUUUUGAAAUUUUUUUUGGUCUGUCAUGUUUUAUAUCUAAUGAGGUUGAAGCUGAAAAAAUAAUCAAUCAGCAGUACCUGUCUGAACAGAGGCAUAAUAUGGAUUAGUUGUCAUCUAGCAUGUGUAAAAGCUGGAAAUUCCCAUGUUGCUAGAAGCCAAAGAGUACAUUGAUGGCAGUUAACAUCGAAAACAAUGCAACUAGAAGAGUGGAGGCUCGAUGCUUCACCUGAAGAGAAAUGUUGAUGUACUUGAAAGAGAGAGUUAUGUGAAACAUGGAAGCCUCUUCACUUUAAGAUUGUUUUACUUGUACAUGGAAACCAAUUUUUUGGGUUGACCCCAGAUGCCAGUGCGCCCACUCAUACUCAAUUGUAUUUGAACUACAUUAACAAAUGUAGCAAGUGUAUAAACUUUGAUAGAAUUUUUAGAUAAAUUUACCAAAUUUAUAGAUCUUGGCAGAAUUUUAACUGAG